AAAAACUCGUUAAAGAGAGACACUUCUCAUCUGCCAAUUCAUCUCCUCUUCAUUAUCAUCUCAUCUUCCGUGGACUCACCAUCGGAUCUUAAGGACACAAAGAAGAAUGGGUGGGAUGUGCAUGUCUUCGUGUUGUAGUGGUGGUGGUGGUGGUGGCGACGAUGGUUCUAGUUUACUAUUACAUCUCCUCAUCAUGGUGGUCGUCUGCCUCUCUGUCAUGGCUGUCUGCACCUCCAACGAACGCCGUACAUCCGUUCGUGUUGCCCGGUGCCGUUGACCAACCAUCUAUGUAUAUCAGAUCACACCAACUCUACAGAAAAAGAUUACUUCGGAUCCUUUUCUCUUAUACAUACAUGUAUGUGUUUUGGUUCUUGAUUAGUGUAUGAAUAAGGUAUUUGGUUUUGGUUCUUUGACUAUGGUUUUGUCCUCUCUUGUUAACAAAUUAGAUUGGUCAGAAUGAUAUAAAAUCACAUAUUCUCAACCGAGUUUUCACCAUACAACAAACUAUGUGGGUAAAAUUGAAAUAACGUCAAAUAUGCGGGGCGUUUUUGAAAGUUGACCUUCUUUCUUUGUGUUUGGUGAUGAAGAAGAAGAUCACAUAUCAUCAGAACACUGUUCUGCGUCUUUUGAAUAAUUUUUCUUCAUAGAAACAGCAUUGUACUGAGUUAUAAAGAAUGUCUCUUUGUUCUUCCUUCAACGUAUUCACUUCCUAGUUCCUACUCAGCAUAGAGGCAAGAGACGCUGAAAAAGUUGCAAGACGCUAAUGUGUGGUUCUCAGUUAGAUAGAUGCUCUGGAAGAGUCUGCGGAGGAUCUAGGCUUAGGUAUCGACGUUCCUUGUGUUGGAGAAGCUGCUGAGUAUGGGAAG